AUGACUACACAGCUCGAGAGACUUCAAACAUUUACAACAUGGCCGCUAGGUUAUCCUGACCCUUUUAUACUCAGUAAACUUGGAUUUUAUUAUACGGGGAAAGCAGACCAGGUUCAGUGUUGCGAAUGCUCUCAAACAAUUGAAAAUUGGCACAGUAAAUCCAAUCCUUUAGUUGAACAUUAUAAAGUAAAUAAUGGAUGUGUAUUUGUUCAAAACUACAAGGAAAUUUUAUUAACGUUUACAAUAAAAGCUGAUAUCAUGUGUCAAAGUAGUGUGAAAAUAAUAUACGCCAGUGUUGAAAAUAGGAUGUUGUCUUUCGACAAGGUGUCCUUACCGAGUUUUCUCACAAUUGAGUCUUUAGCUCAUGCAGGGUUUUAUUAUGUUGGACCCGGCGAUAGGGUAAAAUGUCAUAGUUGUGCGGUUAUUUUAGUCGAAUGGGAAUCUAUAGAUAUCCCCAUAGCAGAACAUUAUCGUUGGUCUUCAAACUGUGACUAUAUC